AUGGAGAGAAGCAAUCAGACGGUGACUGACUUCAUCCUCGUGGGCUUCACAAAAGCCCCGGUGGUGCAACUGGUCCUGUUCGUGGUCUUCCUUAGUGUGUACUCUCUGACUCUGGUUGCAAAUUCCACCCUCAUAAUAUUGAUCUCUAAUGACUCCCGGCUGCACACACCCAUGUAUUUUUUCAUUGGGAAUUUGUCUAUUCUGGAUCUCUGCUUAACCUCUGUCUACACGCCAAAGAUCCUGGUGACGUGCAUCUCUGAAGACAAAAGCAUCUCCUUUGCUGGCUGUGUAUGUCAGUUCUUCUUCUCUGCUGCGCUGGGAUACAGUGAGUGUUACCUGUUGGCCACCAUGGCUUAUGACCGCUACGUGGCCAUCGCAAAGCCACUGCUCUAUUCUCAGGCUAUGUCUAAAAAGCUAUGUGCAUUUUUGGUAACAUCCUCCUUCCUUAGUGGUUUUAUUAACUCUUCGAUCAUCACCAAGAGAACAUUUGCCUUGAACUUCUGUAGUGGCAAUGUCAUUGAUGACUUUUUCUGUGAUUUGUUUCCCUUGGUGAAGUUGGCUUGUGGCAGGAAAGAUGGCUAUCAGACUGUGCUGUACAUCAUCCUGGUCUCCAACGUCAUCGCCCCCUCCGUGCUCAUCCUGGCCUCCUACCUGUUCAUCAUUGCCACCAUCUUGAGGAUCCGCUCCACCCAGGGUCGCCUCAAAGCCUUCUCCACGUGCUCC